ACUUAAAGGGAUAAUCUCUUAUAUCAGAUAUAUUGCAGGGAACACCUUGUGAUUUAAUUACUGGAGAGGAGCGUUGUUAUGUAAAUAAAGAAGAUAAUCCAUCUAGUCAUGUAUCUUGUACUGUAGAAAUGACAUCUGUAACUGUACCAUAUGAAAUUGCUAUCAUAGAUGAAAUUCAGAUGAUGAGAGAUAUGGGAAGAGGAUGGGCUUGGACAAGAGCAUUACUUGGUAUUGUAGCUAAUGAAAUUCAUGUUUGUGGAGAAGAAGCGGCUAUUGAUUUAGUUAAAGAAAUUGUGGCAACAGUUGGCGAAGAAGUAGAAGUAAGAAAAUAUAAAAGAUUGACAAAAUUAACAAUUGAAGAUACAGCAUUAAAUAAAUUGGACAAUGUUAGGCCUGGCGAUUGCAUUGUAUGUUUUAGUAAAAAUGAUAUCUAUAAUGUGAGCUUACAGAUUGAAAAAAGAGGACACGAAUGUGCAGUUAUAUAUGGUGGACUGCCUCCAGGUACAAAACUUGCACAAUCUAAAAAAUUCAAUGAUCCCAAUGACAGUUGUAAAAUUUUAGUAGCAACAGAUGCCAUUGGAAUGGGACUUAACUUGAGUAUCCGAAGAAUAAUUUUUUAUUCUAUCAUAAAACCAACAAUAAAUGAAAAAGGAGAAAAAGAAAUGGAUACCAUUCCUACUUCUCAAGCUUUACAAAUUGCUGGUAGAGCUGGGAGAUUCGGUACACAAUUUGAAGAAGGAUUUGUGACGACGUUUCGAGGAGAGGAUUUACCUAUUUUAAGAGAGAUUCUCUCGAGAGAAGUAGAACCGAUUGUUGCUGCUGGUUUGCAUCCAACAGCCGAACAAAUUGAAUUAUUUGCUUAUCAUCUACCGCAUGCUACACUGUCUAAUCUAACCGAUAUUUUUGUUAGUCUUUGCCAGGUUGAUACAUCAAGCUACUUUAUGUGUAAUAUUGAAGAUUUUAAGUUUUUAGCCGAUAUGAUACAACACGUUCCCCUUCCUCUCCGAGCGAGAUAUGUAUUUUGCUGUUCGCCAAUUAAUAGAAAGCUACCAUUUGUUUGCACUAUGUUUUUAAAGUUUGCUAGACAAUACAGUAGUAAUGUUCCUUUGACGUUUGAUUGGUUAUGCAAAAAUAUCGGAUGGCCAUUUUCUCCACCUAAAACUAUUUUGGAUUUACUUCAUUUAGAAUCUGUAUUUGAUGUUCUUGAUUUAUAUUUGUGGUUAAGUUAUCGUUUUCUUGAUCUCUUUCCCGACGUUAACAUGGUUCGAGAUCUUCAGACAGAAUUAGAUCAAAUUAUUCAACAAGGUGUUUUAAAUAUUACACAUUUGUUACGUUCUGGGGAUAUGAAUCAUGACAUUGAAGAAGAUUAUCCAGUUCAAAAAGGAAAAUCCGAAAAUGUUAAUGUGCAAGAUGAUGAUUUAAAGCAAGUGUCAAACAGUAUUAGCUUUGAUGGACAGAGACGCUUAACAGAACGAUUACUAGCACAAGGCUUACUAACACCUAAAAUGUUGGAACAAUUGAAAAAAGAACUGAACGAAAGCAGUGAAAAACAACUUUCGACGACCAAGAGAAAAAAGCCGACGGUGACACGACGUCCUAAGAAAUAAGAUAGGUUUAAUAAUAAAAUUUGUAUAGUUGUUUUAAUAAUAAUUUUGCAAAUAUAAAAUUGAUAUAUUUGGAUUAUUUAGUGUUUUCCUUUUUUCAAACUUCAUUGAUUGUCCACACUGAGAUAGAAAAAGAGUGAUUAAUGAAUGUAAG